UAAAACAACCACUACCUGCUGCCGAUAUAUACCGUACGAACAGAUUUGAUGCUCUUCGAGCCAGCUUGAUACACAGCAAAAAUUGUCUUUUAAAUAACUUAUGGUCUGGGGAAGUUAAUGUUGUUGUUCGAUUAUCUAUAAAAUGUGUGGAGUUAGAUGUGCUAAAUAUCUGUUAUUUGUAUUCAAUUUCUUCUUCUGGUUGUCAGGAUUGGCUGUUCUUGGAAUUGGCAUAUGGACAAAGAUCGAUGCAGGGCAGUUUGAUUCUUUUCUUGGAUAUGCUGGGUAUUCAAUAUCAGCUUAUAUAUUAAUAGCCGCUGGUGCAUUCGUUGCAUUUGUUGGUUUCGUUGGCUGUUGUGGAGCCAUUAGGGAAAACCGAUGCAUGCUGGGAACGUUCUUUGUUUUACUGCUGCUGAUCUUUUGCGCCGAAGCUGUUGCUGGAAUCCUUGGAUUUAUCUACCGUGACAGGGUUGAAACAGAGAUAAAGAAGGAACUCGAUGAUCAAAUACUCAAUAAAUAUGGUGUUGCUAAUGAUGUGGAUCUUAAUAACAACAUCGAUGUCCUCCAACAAAGACUAAAAUGCUGUGGYGGAACCAAUAAGUAUUAUGAUUGGAUGAAUAGCAAAUGGCACAAAGAACAAAACCCAACAAAGAGAGUACCGCUGAGCUGCUGCAUCGAAGGGGCAAAUACGACUUCUUGUUAUAGAGAUGCUACAUAUAAAGAGGUUCAUCCCAAGGGCUGUUACACAGAGCUCAAGAGCUACGUAGACAAACACAUGAUAUUGAUAGGCGCAAUAGCUGCUGGGAUAUCUGUUAUACAGCUAUUGGGAAUGGUGUUUGCAUGUUGCCUCUACUGCUCUGUUGACGACUAGCGCAUAUUGACAGAAUUUGACUUGAUGUCUUAUCUUAUACAAUGGAGACAAAGGAGCCGACAUGAGCUUCGUAGUUGAUGAAAUGACGGGAUAUCAGGGAUAGUUGCUUAUCAGCAGCAAGUACAUCUUGAUAAAUGCAAGUGGAAGUUUAGAGCGAUGACGCAGUCAAUUUUAGACUAAUAAGAAAUAUAUCAAUAAUAAUAAUAAUAAGUAAUAAGUAAAUUGAAAAGUACUUUCUAGCUUCUUAAUUAGUCAAAAUAUACUAUUUACUUCUAUUUAUCCCUAUUAAUUUACUGAAUUUUCAUUAUUAUGAAGUUGCUCCGUUUUGAUAUUAAACAUAACUCUGAACAGGGCUCUAACUGAAUAAACCCUUUAAAAAAUCCCUUUUACACUGUGAAAGCCUCAUGGAAUACAUUAUUUUCUUAAGUAACAUCCCUUGACAAUGCAAGAGAUCUGUAAGUAUAGAAGACACUGAAAAUAGUUUGAAAUUUCACAGGUUUAGUCUCAAUUUUAGAAUAAAUUUCACACAGACAGGAAGCUUACACGGUGUAAAAGAGAUCGCAAAACUGUUGCGCAUGACGUUUUUAGAUUUUUAUUCCCUUCAUGCUUGCCACCUAGUUAUGUUGAUCUUCUAUAACUUUCAUGUUUACCAGAUCGUUCCUGCUAAUAGAGUCUCUUUCCUUGUCGGGAACCUCAAGAGAUGCUGCUAGCAGGAAACCCCUCGUCACAUUGGGACGACAAUUUUACCAUUUGCCUGAUCUUUCCUGCUAACAGGGUCUAUUUCCUCGUCGGGAACCACAAGAGACACUGCUAGCAGGAAACCUCUCGUCACAGUGGGGCGACCACUUUACCAGAUUG